CUUGUCUCCAAACCAUUUAUGGGCAAUUGCUUCCCUUUUCGUUGUCUCUUCCUCUUAUGGGUCUUCAGUAUUCUCAAAACCCUAUAAUUUCUGAAACCCAAACCGUAGAGUUCUCGAUCCCUGUUUAUCCUCCCUCGGAAAUUCAUCUCAAUAUGGCAGAAAUCCUUCUCGAUAUUCUCGUCCCCUCCUUGUGGGAGAUCGAAAUCACCGUAGCCGCAGCGAUUUUUGUGAUCGCUGCGUAUAAGCUUUUGUUUCCCAGAAGUGGAGGAAAUUGUGGCGGUGGCGAUGGCUCCGUCAAUGAAGAUGGGGGACUCGGUGAUGACAAAGAUAAGAUGGGCCAAUUGAAAGGCGAUUCUCAAACCAAUUCUGCAUAUGUAAUUAAGUUGGAGCUAUUGGCAGCCAAGAAUCUUAUUAGUGCUAACUUGAACGGAACAUCAGAUCCUUAUGCUAUCAUUACGUGUGGUGAACAAAAGCGAUUUAGUUCUAUGGUUCCUGGAUCGAGAAACCCAAUGUGGGGAGAAGAGUUUGACUUUUAUGUUGAUGUGCUUCCUGUACAGAUUAAUGUCACAAUAUAUGAUUGGGAUAUAAUUUGGAAAAGCACAAUUCUUGGUUCUGUGACUGUUCCCAUUGAAGAUGAAGGUCAAAGUGGAGCAGUCUGGCAUACUUUGGAUAGCACUUCAGGGCAGGUUUGCCUCUUCAUUAAAACAUGUAAAAUCCCUGGAAACUCUUCUAGGGUUUUAAACGGGUAUGCUGGAGCUAAUGCUCGAAGAAGAAUCACAUUAGAUAAGCAAGGGCCCACAGUGGUUCAUCAGAAACCUGGCCAUCUGCAAACCAUAUUUAAUCUCCCUCCUGAUGAGGUUGUUGAUCGUAGUUAUUCAUGCGCACUAGAGAGGUCAUUCUUGUACCAAGGUCGAAUGUACGUCUCGACAUGGCACAUUUGCUUCCAUUCUAAUGUGUUUUCUAAGCAAAUGAAGGUCAUUAUUCCAUUUGAAGAUAUAGAUGAGAUAAGGAGGAGUCAGCAUGCAUUCAUUAAUCCUGCUAUUUCAAUUAUUCUUCGUAUGGGUGCUGGGGGGCAUGGUGUACCUCCUUUGGGAAGUCCAGAUGGUAGAGUUAGAUACAAAUUUGCAUCAUUUUGGAACAGGAAUCAAGUGUUUAGGGCUUUACAACGUGCAGCAAAGAACUUUCGUGCAAUUUUAGAAGCAGAAAAGAAGGUAAUUUACAUGAUUAUUCUUGCAAUGUGUAUGAAAUGGUUUGUGCUCUUUCAGAUCCACUGUAGAUGGUCUCUGGAGACUAUCUCUGAAUCCUCUUGUACUCUACACAUAAAAGUUGGUGCACAUUUCAAGAAGUGGUGUGUCAUGCAAUCUAAGAUAAAGACGGGAGCUGUUAACGAGUAUAAGAAGGAAAUGGAGAUAAUGAUAGAAGCAGCUCGCACAUACCUUAAGGUCAAAACUUCCGGUGGUGAAAUUGCUGGGUUCCCAUCCUGUCCUUCGGUAGAAUAAAGAGUUUGGUGUCAU